AUGUUCAAUGAGCUAAAUCCGGGUAUUGUGAGACCCGAAAUCCAAGCACCUCACUUUGAGCUCAAGCCCGUCAUGUUUCAAAUGCUCCAAAUGGUUGGUCAAUUUGGUGGGUCGCCAACGAAAGAUCCUCACCUCCAUAUUCGCUCAUUUUUGGAGGUGAGUGACUCUUUCAAGCUACAAGGAGUAAGUGAAGAGGCUUUAAGAUUGAAGUUGUUCCCAUUUUCCUUGAGGGAUCGGGCUAGAGCAUGGCUUAACACUCUUCCUCCCGAUUCGGUGACUAAUUGGAAUGACUUGGCUGAAAAAUUCUUGAGAAAGUACUUUCCUCCAACAAGAAAUGCAAAGUUUCGAAGUGAGAUCAUGUCCUUUCAACAAUCGGAAGAUGAGACUACUAGUAUUCCUCAUUGUAUCCAACUUGAGACAUUUUACAAUGGUCUCAAUGCGGCUUCUAGGAUGGUGUUGGACGCUUCGGCUAAUGGAGCCAUUCUUUCCAAGUCUUACAAUGAAGCUUUUGAGAUUUUGGAAAGGAUAGCUAGCAACAACUAUCAAUGGUCAACUAAUAGAGCUCCUACAAGUCGAAAAGUAGCGGGUGUUCUUGAAGUAGAUGCUUUGACCGCUCUCACCGCUCAAAUGGCCUCAAUGACCAACAUUUUGAAGAAUAUGAAUAUGGGAGGAAGUGUACAACCAGCCGCUGCCAUUCAAAGGGCAGAAAUCUCUUGUGUGUAUUGUGGUGAUGGGCAUACUUUUGAAAAUUGCCCUUCAAAUCCAGCUUCGGUUUGCUAUGUGGGUAAUCAAAACUUCAACCGCAACAACAAUCCAUACUCAAACUCCUACAAUCCGGCAUGGAAGCAUCAUCCAAACUUUUCAUGGCGAGGUCAAGGGGCAAGUUCAAAUGGAGCAGAACAAGCACAAGGAAAGCAAUCAUUUCCACCGGGUUUUUCUCAACAACCAAGACCUCAACAACCACACCAACCUCAAGGCUCUCAAACUAGUUCUUUGGAGAGCUUAAUGAGAGACUAUAUGGCCAAGAAUGACGUUGUAAUUCAAAGCCAAGCAGCAUCUCUUCGGAAUCUAGAAAUUCAAUUGGGGCAAUGGGCCAAUGAUUUGAAGAAUAGACCACAAGGCACUUUGCCUAGUGACACCGAAAACCCAAGAAGAGAUGGCAAAGAACAUUGCAAAGCGGUAACCUUGAGAAGUGGAAAAAUAAUUGAGUCAAAUGUGGCUGCAAGAGGCAGUAAAGAGUCCUCUUCAAUCCAAAAAGAGGGGGAAAAGAAGAAAAAACCAGCAAUUUCAGUUGUUGAAAUUCCCCAGUAG